GAAAGUUAUCAUGAAACGGUUACUUCGAGUUUAAUAUCAACCAUUAAUAAAAAUAACCAGUUACUCCUUGGUUACUCCAUUCAGAACAAUGUCAACAGAUUUAUCCUGUAAGUUGUAGCUUCCAAUUUUUCAGUUUAGGCGCUGAAAAUUGUAACCAAGAAAUAACCAGUUACUUAUACUGUGGUAGAUUCAUCCACGGUUAAUAUCUAUACAAACUUAGCAUUAAUCACUACAUCUUUAGUUUUGGUUUAGGUUGAUUUAAUUUUGAAUUUUGAGUUGAUUGUCAUUUGAUUUUUUUUACCUUUUCCUGUGGCAUACAGUUGAUCAAAGUUUACCUUUUUCCAACCAUGGCUGUAUUCAAAUUUAAUGCCGAGAUUACCUGUGAAGGAUGUGUCAAUGCUAUUAAACGUAGUUUGGAUCGAUCUCUGGGAGAUAAAUUAUUAAAUCUAGAGUCUAAUGUUCCAGAAAAAAGUGUAACCCUGACAGUUGACGAUUCAGUUACUCAACAGCAAUGUUUGGAUGCAUUACAAAAAAGUGGAAAAGAGUGUUCAAUAGCCUGAAUUUACCUAAAUGUUUUUAAAUUGUCUUCAAUAAAAUGAUUUAAUUUCUAAGAGUCAAAUGAUGUCUUGAUGAUGUUAAUGUUGAUUCAAAUGUGAAUGUACAUGUUGAUGUGGAUCGAUUUUGUGCGCGAUUCCAUUAAUAGUUGCCAUUGUGAGCAGGGUGUUGGCUUCUCUCCAAUCUCGAGGAGAGAAAGAGUGAGAGAAACGAAGAGGCAAAAAAAAGAUCAACAUAGGUUGUUUUCAGAAUUUUUUGCCCAGAAAAUGAUCAUAAUAUUCUGACACAUUAAAGCUCAAUCUUUACCCAUCAACAUUAUCCAUGUAUAACUACUAAUUAAUAGGCACAUCAAUUUUGGAUUAUUGUUCCCAGUUUACGAAUCAAUUUGCGUUUUCUUUUAUUUUCACCUUUUUCUUUACCUUUUUUGCUUUCUCUUGUGAACAUUAACAUUAACUGUUAACUCAGAGAAUCACAAAUCAACUCGGCAUUCAAUCAAAUUUCCCGCAAAUCAAAGACCAAAGUGACCAUUUCUAUUGGAAACAAAAGUAAACUGAUUAAACUGUCCACUUGAUUAACCCAAAUUGAUUAUGGCUUCAACACAAUUGGGUGCUCUUCCCGAAGAGUCAACAAUAACAACAACCACAAGUUCAACAAAUGAACCCACAACUGAACCGUCAACCAACGAUCAACCAAUUGUUGUACCUGUUGUAAUGAAAGAGAUAGAAACAGUUAAAUAUGGUAAAGUUAAAGUUUACAUUCAAGGUGAUCUUCAAGAAAAGGAGAAAAAAGCUGUUUUCCUGACGGUUCAUGAUAUUGGAAGUAAUCAUUCUUCAAUCCGUGAUUUCGUUGAGAAACCCUGUAUGUCUGAGAUUAAGGCUCGAUCCAUUUUUAUUCAUCUUGAUAUUCCUGGACAAGAGGAUGGUGCUGAUGAUUUACCAGAUGAUUUCACUUUUCCUAGCAUUCAACAAAUGGGAGAAGAGCUGAUUCCUACAGUUCUUGAUCACUUAAAGGUUGGACUGAUUGUGGGCAUCGGUGAAGGUGCUGGAGCCAAUGUUUUGGUUCGCUUUGCUUUAGCCAAUCCAACCCGAACUUUAGGAAUUAUGCUUAUUCACUUGGUUACGGCUGGAGUUGGAAUGUUGGAAAAACUGAAAGAUUCAUUUUUUACUGGUAAACGACGUCCCAGUGAAGCUUUUCAACAACCUGAUCAGGUUAUUGCUUUACACAAAUUUGGUGGAACCGGGAAUUCAUCAGGUUCAGUGGAAGAUAACCUUCUAUCUGAUACUAAAUCACGAGUUGCCAAUAUAAAUCCUAAAAAUUUACGCAAAUACGUUGAAGCCUACAUGAAUAGGAAAGAUAUUACAGAUAAACUAUCUGGCAUGAAUAAUAUGGACAUUCUUUUAGUGGCUGGUGGUAAAUCACCUUACAUGCAAGGAGUAAUAACUAUCUAUGGUAAAAUGGAUAAAUCAAAAACGUCUCUUCUUAAAAUUGAUGGAGUUGUCGAUGUAAUGCAAGAAGCUUCUGAUAAAUUGGCCAAGAGUUUACUUCUUUUCGUUAAAGGUCUUGGUUUUCUAACCUCAUUAACUUUACCUGGAGUUGAGCGACAACGAACAAUGAGUGGAGAGAGUCAAGAAGGAGCACCACUUAGUAGAGCAGCUCUUGGAGCAAUCGGAAGACGUCGAACUCUUUCAAUGGAAGAAUAUGAUUUACCCAGACCCAGACGUUUGAGCUUAACUACUGCAGGAAUCAGCGCUUCUCCAGCCAAAUAAAUUGAAAGCUCGGAUAACCAUUAAAGCAAACUUGAAAAUAGUCAUUUGAUUCAUAAGCCGCUAUUCAUUCAAAUUAAAUUUCACCCAACAACGACGAUGGAUGCGAUGUAAAAAUAGAUGGUAGAGAAAAUGAAAAUGAAAAUUGACGAGAAACAAAAAAACGGUCCGAAAAUGUCAACUAUGUUUUGAAAUUUGGUAUGACACACUCAUACACAUAUAUACAUAUACAUAUACAAAUAUAUAUACAUCUCUAUCUUGUUGUCUUCUUUUGCUGUUGAUAAUGGUAAUGAUUAUGAUGAUCAAGUCAAAGAUGGAAACAACAUGAAUCACGGAAGGAUAUUAUUAUUGCCAUAUUACUAUGGAUAAGGUUAAAUUGACUUGAUCCAGUUCUUUUUCUUCUCUCUAUUGUUAUUCCUUCAUUCCUCCAUUUUACACAAAAGAUGGACAUGAAUGAAACAAACGACAGUUUAUGUACCUUAAUUCAUUGUCCCAUCAUCUGUCUUUUUGUUUGAAAGAGACAAAGGAUUUGGUCCCACUGUCAUUAUACAGCGAUGAGAUUCUGACAAUUCAGAUUUCAUGUUAUCUCUGUUUUUUUUGUGUUUCGUUUCCUGACUUGGAUCAUCCUUGUUUCCUUGGUCAUUCUUGUUCUUGUAAUAUAUUUGGCGAUAGUGGGAUGAAAAAGAUGAUGAUGAUGAUGUUUCAUAAGCAAAAGAAACAAUUUUUUCAUGCUCACAAAUCACAUCAAAUUAAUGUUAUAUUGACCUCAGACUCCAACUGUCAAUAAUUUAAAUAACAUUACAUAUAAUAAUAAUGAUCAUUUGGGAAACGAAACAUUGAAGAUGUCAUUUCUUUUAACUUGUUAACUAAAAGAAGAGAAAUAAACAAAUAUAGUAAUUAGUUUAA